UGUCCCUCGCAGCCCUCCGUCCUCCACCUUAUCACUUCCUCCCGGAAACUCACUCGUCCUUUUCCUGCAGACUCCAACAUGGCGAGAGGACCGAAGAAGCACCUGAAGCGCGUCGCAGCGCCCAAGCACUGGAUGCUUGACAAGCUCACGGGAGUUUUCGCUCCCCGGCCCUCCACCGGUCCCCACAAGCUGAGGGAGUGCCUGCCCCUCAUCAUCUUCCUGCGUAACCGUCUGAAGUACGCUCUGACCGGAGACGAGGUCAAGAAGAUCUGUAUGCAGCGCUUCAUCAAGAUUGACGGCAAAGUGCGCACAGACAUCACCUACCCCGCUGGGUUCAUGGAUGUGAUCAGCAUUGAGAAGACUGGAGAGCACUUCCGUCUGAUCUAUGACGUGAAAGGACGUUUUACUGUUCACCGCAUCACCUCCGAGGAGGCCAAGUACAAGCUGUGUAAGGUGAAGAAGAUCCUGAUCGGCACCAAGGGCAUCCCUCACCUGGUGACCCACGACGCCCGCACCAUCCGUUACCCCGACCCCCUCAUCAAGGUCAACGACACGGUGAGGAUCGACCUGGAGACGGGCAAGAUUAACGACUUCAUCAAGUUUGACACCGGUAACCUGUGCAUGGUGACUGGAGGCGCUAACUUGGGGCGUAUUGGUGUGAUCACAAACAGGGAGCGUCACCCUGGAUCCUUCGAUGUGGUCCACGUGAAGGACAGCACUGGAAACAGCUUUGCCACAAGGCUCUCCAACAUCUUUGUCAUCGGAAAGGGCACCAAGCCGGUGUCUCUGCCCAGAGGGAAGGGCAUCCGACUCACCAUCGCCGAGGAGAGGGACAAGAGGCUGGCCGCUAAACAGGGCAGCAGCUAAACUCACCUGGUUUUCAAAUAAAUGUUAUUUACAAAACA